AUCCGAACAACUUUUUUCAGGUUAUUCAGAUUCAAGGUUUUCAAAUAUUUGUAUCUCGGCACACAUCAAGAGGAAGAUCAUUUAUUAUCUAUAUCUCAAUUAAAAAAAUGACGCUUAUGACUGGUUUUGUGGUCCGGGGGGCACAUAUAUGUUUAUAAACAUGAAUAAGACGUUUUAAUAAGUGGUGAAAGUUUUCGCCUUUUCUCGGCUGAAGUUCAACCCUCCCGUUUGAGUCAGUCGUUCCCCUUCCACCGAGAGAACUCCACCCCCCGCAGAAACACACCUGUCCGCGGGCUCGAGGAGAGCUCAGGUGAGGCGAGGCGGCGGCGCGGCAUGGCGGAGUCCCAGCUCGUGUGUAUGGAGGACGGGCUCAUGCCCCCCGAGGUGCCCGAGUCCCGGCCGCAGUUCUACUACAGCGAGCAGCACCGGGCGGCCCUGGAGCGCCUGAUCAGCGACGGAGACGGAGCCUUCAAGAGCCUCCUGAAGGACGAGAAGAGCCGAGACUUCCUGUCGGCGCGGGAGAUCAAGACCAUCACCAGCAGCUUCGUCAAGUACGAGCAGGACGAGGACGGAGGAGCGUCGGCGGGUCACGGCAAGCGUGAGGACGCGGGGUCGCUGCGCUCCACGUACUGGCCGCAGGUCUCGGACACCGAGGUUCCUCCGCUGGACAUCGGCUGGCCCUCAUCCGGGUUCUUUAAAGGGGUGACCCGGGUGUCGGUGUACACCCACCCGCCCAAACAGAACAGCCCGCACAUCAAGGAGGUGACCCGCCAACUCAUACAGGAGUCCAGCAAGGUCGUGGCUAUCGUGAUGGACCUGCUGACCGAUCUGCAGAUUCUGCAGGAUCUGUUUGAGGCGUCGAAGCGCGGCGUCCCCGUCUACAUGGUGCUGGACGAGCAGGGAGCGCCGCACUUCCUGGACAUGUGCAGCCGGCUGCAGGUCGGAGCUCGGGAGCUGAAGAACGUCCGGACUCGGACCGUGAAGGGAAUCGGGUUGAAUCUGUCCGUGGGGAGAAUCCCCGGAAACGUCCACAGCAAGUACAUGCUCGUCGACGGAGACAAAGUCAUGUUCGGAACGUACAGUUUCUCCUGGAGCUCUUCUCGAAUGGACAGAAACAUGAUCACGGUGAUGUCGGGGCAGGUGGUGGAUUUCUACGACAACGAUUUCCGAGAACUGUACGCCGUCUCUGACAAGCUGGACCUCUUUAAGGAGUUUCACAUCAGUAAGCCCCAAACGGGGACCCUGUCGAGGGCCGCGGUGCCCAAACGCCCCGCAGCGGCCACGUCUCGCUUCCAGGUCAACCUCGGAGACGCCUCGCGAGGAGAUCUGAAAGUGCCUGCGCACAAAUACCACAAUCCCAAGUACCUGCUGGCGCUCGGGCAGAUCCCGGGCCCCUCGGAGCCGCUCCAGGACUUCUUCAGUAAGAUGGUGACGCCCGAUCCGGCUCAGCUGGACCUGGAGAAUCCCACGGAAGAGCCGGAGAACAUCACACCCGCCAAGCCCGAGAAGAAAGAGUCCAAGAAACCCAAGACAUUCACGUUGAACACAAAGCGGAGGAAGAAAGGGAAGAAGGAGCAGCCGAGCGACGAGGUCGUUACAGAAAACACAGAGGAUCCUUCAGGAGGUGCUUCUAAAGCCUCGCUCGCCCGGGACGAGACGCAGGACAGCUUCAAGAAGAAGAACAGAGGGUUCAUGAGCCUUUUCAGAAGAAAAAACUGAUGCAAGAUCGCUUUAAUCAUACGUUUUAACAUGAGCUUCCUGUUUGCAGAAGGUGUUUGUGUUUGAUAGCGAGUGUAAAACCUUCUAAUGAUGUGCAGCUUGACCUGAAACCUAGUGAUGUUCUGCUCAAAAACACAUCCACAUGCAAAUUAGAUUUAGUUCCAUUGUAUAUAAUGAGAAAAACCAUUUUACACACAUUUAACUGAAAGAAAAACAUUUCUAACAUACUUGAGAAUCAUUUUUAUACAAAGCUUGUUCAACUAAACGUAUCUCGAACAAAAAAUUUGUCGGUGAUUUUAAAAAUCUACGUUGUUGCUUAUGCAUCUGUUCAUAUGUUCGUGUCGUUUCAUUAUUUUAAAGAAAUGCCCGGGACAUAGCAGGAUGAAAUAUGAAAUAUAAAAUGAAAUAUCAUUUUUAAAAGAACUGCACAUUAUUUUUUUAAUGCUCUAAACAAUGUGAAAAUAUAUAUACUGUAUAUAUUUCCUAAAACUUUUUUCUCGGGACUUAAGAGGUUAAAGGUCAGGGUUUAGGGGGAAAGCUGUGUUUCUGUGAAAGAGAGAAGAAAUGGUGCGUAAAGUGUGCUUGUAUAAGAAUGUAGUGUAAUAUAAGAUAAGGCCAUGUUUACGGGUGGAUUCAGGGUAGUUCCUAGGUAUUGUAAUGAAUUAGUCUGUACGUGUGGAACAGGAUGGAAGAUAAAGUGCCAUCAAGAGAAGAGUGUGUCUGUGUAGAUCUUUUCACAUUUAUCCCAGCUAACAGAAACAUUUCUUUCUGGGUUCUUUCAAAGCUAUGAACAAAUGUUCUUUCGUUCAAGCAUAAUAUGCAAUGUUUGUUUUCUUAAUAUUCACGUGACCAAGGGUGAAAAUGUUUACAUUAAAAAAACUGGUUGCUCUGAAUGUACUGGGAACCUCAUGUUAUAUAUGAUAUGUGUGUUAAUAAAGCUGUGAGCAUUUAUGCUGACUUCAAGAAA